UUUUGCAAUGAGGGCCAAUUGUGAUAAAGUCAAGAUGCCCGAGGGCCAAUAGUUCAUUUAAACAUUUUUUUAAACCACAAAAGUUACAUGAAUAUAGACUGUUAUAAAACAAUGUAUUUUAACUGUCACAAUUACUUUUAUUUUUUAAAUGACAAUGUAACCACAUAUAAUAGAACCAAGUCUGCCUUUCAUUGUCAGAUAACAAUGAAAACGCUGUAUAUAGAAUACCUUACAUUUCUAUGAGUUACAUAACGUUGCUUAAUGAACAUUUUAAACAGGAGUUAUAAGUAAUGCAAAGUGGUCUGUUAUCAUUACACUUACAAACUAAUUAAUUUUGCCCUUAUCUUUUACUAGAUCUUUUCAGAAACACAAUAGUUUGUCACAUCUACAGCUUUUUCACUGUUAAUGACAUAUGUUACCGUUCAACACACUUCACAUUUAGCUUAUUGUGGCUGCAAUUAACCUGUUUUGCACUGAAUACCUUUUCAAGAUAAUAUCAAUAAAGUGCAACCUGUGACAAAUUAAACCAAAUAAGAUCAAGAAUUUGGGCAUAAAGAGUUUUACUGAGUGUUAGUUACACUGCAUAUAUUUUCAAAAUAACAAAAACGCGCAACCUUUGAAAAACAAAACAAGUGCAGAUAUGUUUGAGUCAUCACGUUUUACUCUGUGUGAUAAAAUGGGCUUUCCACUUCACCUCUUUUUAAAACGGGGUUGCAGGCUUGAUACGGCCACUCUCAAUAAUGCUCAAUGUUGAGCUCUUGUUUUGAAGGGCAACAGCUGGAACGCUGAGAGGUAACACCUGGCAAGUCGCCAAUAAUCUAGUCUGUCGCGCAUGCGCAACGUAACCGGUUAACGCUGUAACGUACACAUUUACACGAAAGUAGGCGACAGGCAUUUCGCUCUUUAUUUAUUAAUGACUUAGUUUUAUGUCCGUGUAGUUUGUAAUAUGUGAAGUUCUCAAACAAGGUCUUGAAAUAAAAGAAUCUGCGUUUACCCUCGCGCCCCACCUCGUCUCUGCUCUAGCAGAGAGCUACUCUGAGACGACGUGUCCGUCUUCACCACCGUGGGAACGCAGAGGUGUCGGUUUGCUGUUCCCGCGACAUAUUGGACGCUCUCUGCCGGCUGGUUGGAGCGCGCUCACCUGUAUGUGCGCACCUGUCUGUGCGCAUGGGGGCGGAGCUCCGCCGGGAUACCGAGAGCCAGGAGAAGUGUGAAUGCCACCACGUAGAGACAGAAAUGACAUGCCGCUGUGUCGAUACGAUCAAUAAUAUACGACCGUUUAGUUGAAUAAAACAACCUGACAUUACUUAUGUUGUAAUCUGGCGCUAUAGAGAACAUGUCAGUGGGGCGGACCCCCACCCUGUUCUCAUGGUAGGGGAAACACUCGUAAUUCCCACCGCUCCUGAAAGCGGCGGCCCUCACUGUCAACUUUUCUCCUUUUUUUUGCCGUCGCCAUGGCAAAUAGGUUUCGAGAAGGGUUCACGCCACGGAUGCAGAGCCAGAUACAUUAGAAAGGAGGAAUUACGUCUUUCAAGUUUUUAUGAUUUAUUUAUUCUGACAGAUCUGGCGGGCCACAAAUAACACAUUAUGUGACCGAUGUCGCGGGCCAUAUGAAAUCUGACCGCGGGCCACCAUUGGCUCGCGGGCCGGACUUUGGACACCCCUGGCGUAUACUCUGGUCGAUGAAGGAGCACAGCCGCGAUCGCCAUCCCACAUCAUGUUGCAGCGUGGCCGAGAUUAUGUCUGUGCUGUUCUUUAAUACCAUGAAGUACCGACCUGAAGACCCCCGUAACCCCAACAAUGACCGCUUCAUCCUCUCCAAGGGUCAUGCAGCCCCUGUGCUGUACGCCGUGUGGGCGGAGACUGGCUACCUGAAGGAGAACGAGCUCCUCAACCUCCGCAAGGUGGACUCCAUCCUGGAGGGACACCCUGUGCCGGUGAGGUGA